AUGGAAGCCAUUGCCAAGCACGAAUUCAACGCUACGGCGGAAGAUGAACUCAGCUUUAGACGGGGAGAAACCCUCAAGGUCCUCAACAUCGAGGAUGAUACAAAUUGGUACCGUGCGGAGCUUGAUUCACGUGAAGGCCUUAUACCGAGCAAUUAUAUUGAAAUGAAACCUCACGAAUGGUACUACGGUCGAAUCACCAGAGCGGAUGCGGAAAGACUGUUAUCCAAUAUGAACGAAGGCGCCUUCCUAAUCCGCGUCAGUGAGAGCUCACCGGGCGACUUUUCCCUCUCUGUAAAAUGCGCAGACGGCGUGCAGCACUUCAAAGUACUCCGGGACCAGUCGGGAAAGUUCUUCCUGUGGGUGGUCAAGUUCAACUCCUUAAAUGAACUGGUGGAGUAUCACCGCUCGGCCUCAGUCAGCCGAUCACAGGACAUCAAGCUCAUCGACAUGCGUCCCGAGCAGUUUCUAGUGCAGGCCAUCUACGACUUUAGUCCACAGGAGGCGGGCGAGCUUGAGUUUCAUCGAGGCGACAUUAUCACCGUCAUCGACCGAUCGGACGCCAACUGGUGGGAGGGCGAAAUUGGCGCCCGAAGGGGAUUCUUUCCCGCCACCUAUGCCUCUCCCUAUCGAGUUUAG